CUGUUCUGAAGCACUUGGUUUACGGGUGCCGGCAAUCCGGGCGAUCGCACAGUCUUAUUAUAUUGUGGGCUGUUUCAGCCUGCUUCACUCCGAUCGAUGUGUACUUAUACCUGUGCCGGCUGUGUUAUUCCUCUGCGAGGGGGAACCCGGUUUAAACUUUAAACGCUGUGUCGUCUCUCAUCCACAGACAGUCGGUAUUGGUAACAGUAUUCUAGAAAGAGGAUUUAUCUACAGAUAGCGCUAAGGAGCACUGCAAGCCGCUGAUACCAACCGUACUAUCAGCACCUACAUACCCGGUAUGACGUGGGGAGACCAGACGUACACAUGUAUCUAGUGUAGCCAGACAGCAGGCAGUCCGGAUUGAGGGAUUUCUGCGGAGGAACUGAGCCGUUUGACAGGAGAAUCUGCUGCCUGUCGGUACAAAUCCGGAGGAGUGGAGGGAACAGCUUGAGUCUCAGCGGAAUUGUUAUCGCAAACAGCGUUCCAUUGGUCCCACCACAGAUGCUGGUGUUACUCGGACUCCAUCUAUUGUUCCUCAUCUUCAGGGCUGUCUGUAGCAACAAGGGCCUUCCCAUCUCCACGUCCGUCCGAGGAAACACGGGGGAGAUCGUGACCCUACCGGCCAGCUACGACCAGGAUCAGCCUGUUAUCGCUCUGACGUGGAACAAGUUCGACCCCAACAUCCAGGGAACCCGCAUCCCUGUCUACAUGUACUCCCCCAGCAGUAACAGCUCCUUACCACUGGGGCCCUUUAAGGACCGGGCGACUCUGAACAACAACGGUUCACUGACAUUACGUCAUCUGGAGAAGAAGGACGAGGGUCAGUACGUCAUGACCACGUUGAUAGACGCGGUUGGCCAGCAGGAACACUAUGUCUAUUUGGAAGUACAAGUACCUCCAAAAGUAAGUGUGGGACAGCAGAGCCCCCUGCGUGUCCCCGUCAACACUAACAUCACGCUGAACUGCACGGUAGAGAAGAGCACCAAUCUGCAGUACAGUAUCUACUGGCUAAGGAACGGUGUCCGGCCGCCUCCAGACUGGCAUGUGGAGUAUGAGGACCAGAACUCACAUAAGUCUUCCCUCAAGAUCACCAGACUCGUCCGGGAGGAUGCCGGGAAUUACACCUGCGUGGCGCAGCACGGUGGCAGCUCGCAGGCAGACAGCCUCUCGUUGGAUGUGCAGUACCCAGUCGUCAUCACGAACAUCUCCGUGCCCAGCCUGGCGUUGGAGGGCACCACCGUGUCUCUCUGGUGCGAGGCCGACGGGAACCCCGCCCCGGAGAUCCGCUGGUACCGAGCAGGUACCAACUCUAGCCCCAUCCACACAACUAACCAGGAGAGGAGCAGCUCCCGGCUAACGUUGCACGAGGUGGACAAGUCUGACGAUGGUCAGUACGUCUGCGUGGCGGCCAACAGAAUGGACCAGUGGGACAGACGACAUGUUCACCUGGCCGUGAUGGCAGUGGUGUCACCUCCUACAGCUGGCAUAGAAACUGCCGCACAGCCCGGCUCCUGGCUGGACUUCUCCAUGACUGUUGGCGGAGCGGCGGGGGGAGCCACCGUGCUGCUGGUGGUCAUGCUGGCCAGGUUGGUCUGGUCUCGCCGCAUGAAGGCUAAAGCCGGAUACGGGAACCAAAGCUUACUGACUCAACACAACAGUUACCCCGAGCACAACGCCAUGGUCAUGGUCAUCGAGGAAGGGACAACGCUAUCAGUCAAAUCGUUUAACGGAAGUGAAAAGGCCCAGGAAAGACCACCUUUACCGGACUCACUACAAGCUAAGAUAGCAGCAGAUCUCUCCAGCUGGAGACCCGGCAGUACAGCCGCCGGCACAGGCCCAACUAGAGCUGAACAAUCUACAUGUGGAGAAGAAGAUCAUGGGAAGGCUGGGACCGGACAGGAAUGUCGCAUGGAAGAGAUGGAGCUACCAUGAGUUACCAGGGGAGGAUCAGAGCUCUUGUAAUGAUGCGUCUUACGAAGGAAUUAGGACAAGAUGAUGAAUACUCUCUAUUGGCAGCCUUUAAAAAGUAAAUGGUCUUCGACAGUCCAUGUUAAGUUACCAAGAAGUUGUCGUACUUUGAAAAUAUUAUGAGUUAUUUUGGCAGUCAUUAUUGUUGACAUAGUUGUUGGAACAUGUACAUGCUCUAGCACCGCUUACUUUCUUCAAACAAUUAGUAUCAGUAAGAAUGGAAGCCAUGCCUUAAUUUGGAUACUUCACAUAUGGUACUGUUAACCUCACCUAACAUAUGCUACAAAUCUUCAUUAUGUACUACUGACGUAAUACAGGCUGAGCUUUCUCACUCGUGAUGUCCUCAUUUGCACGUAUUACAUCUGUUGAUGAUCGUUCUACUAAAUCAGUUACACGGACUUUACUUACAAUUGUCUCUGGUGAAGCUGAAUAAUACUAAGACAGAAAAAUUUUUUAUAUCCUUUUCCAACAUAUUAGAGACACUUUAUGCGUCUGAAUGACCAUUUCUAUUUCAAAUAAUUGUUCUGCACAAUGCUAUAUAUAACGUUAUAUAUAUAUCAUUAUACUGAUUGUGUAAUUACCCUGUCAUUGCGACGUGAGCAAUAUUGUAACUUUAGGCGCCUACUUGUUGAUGACAGGAUGAUGUAUGAAAAAUAGCAUAGCUUAAUUAG